CGGGGCCGGCGGAGCGGCAGGCAGCCCGGCAGGCAGCCAGGCAGGCGCGGAGUCCGCGGGCCGAGGGAGCGCGGCGGUGACGUCCGACCUCCUGCGGCGUUGGCGGCAGAAGGGGCCAGUGCGGCGCCGAGACGAGGGGCGGCGGGCGCGGCUGCCAGGGCGCUGCGAGAAAGAAUCAGUUUACGCCAGUCUAGAACCCUGAAGAACUAUUUAACAAUGGACAUAGAUGAUGAAGAAAAUAUGAGUUCAGGCAGCACUGAUGUUAAAGAGAACCACAACAUGGACAACAUUUCAUCUAAAGAUGGGAGUGUGCAAGGUACCAGGGAGGGAAAUCAACUCUCCAAUGGUGGUGCCACUAGCAGCAGGAAACGUCCAUUGGAAGAAGGGGAUGAUGGGCGCUCCAAGUUCCGCUCAAAGAAGAGGAAGAAAACACCGGGGCCGGUCUUGCCCAAGAAUGCUCUUAUGCAACUGAAUGAAAUCAAGCCUGGUUUACAAUACAAGCUUCUCUCCCAAACAGGACCAGUUCAUGCCCCAAUUUUUGUGAUGGCAGUAGAAGUUAAUGCACAGGUGUUUGAAGGUUCUGGCCCUACAAAAAAGAAAGCAAAGCUCCAUGCAGCCGAGAAGGCUCUAAGGUCCUUUGUUCAGUUUCCUAAUGCCUCUGAAGCACAUCUAGCAAUGGGGAGAACUCUUUCAGUAAAUACAGACUUUACCUCUGACCAGGCAGAUUUCCCAGACACACUGUUCAAUGGGUUUGAAAAUCCAGUCCAUUCUGACCAUUCAUUUUAUUUGGAAUCCAAUGGAGAUGGUUCCUUUAGUCCCAGUACAGACUACAGUUUAUCAUCUGCUGUGGCUAGUAAUCUUAUCCAGUCAUCUCUUCCUGCUCCAUCACCAUAUCCUUCGACAAGUGGGAAGAAUCCAAUCAUGAUAUUGAAUGAGCUUCGGCCAGGAUUAAAGUAUGAGUUCCUUUCAGAAAGUGGAGAAAGUCAUGCUAAGAAUUUUGUGAUGGCGGUGUCAGUGGACGGCCAAACAUUUGAAGGAUCUGGAAGAAACAAAAAACUUGCAAAGGCUCGGGCAGCUCAGUCAGCACUUGCAUCUUUAUUUAACAUGCAACUGGAUCAGACACCAUCUCACCAACCUAUUCCCAGUGAAGGGCUUCAGCUGCACCUGCCGCAGGUUUUGGCUGAUGCUGUUGCUCGCUUGGUAGUAGAUAAAUUCAGUGAUUUGACAGAUAACUUUACGUCACCACAUGCACGUAGAAAAGUGCUAGCUGGAGUUGUCAUGACAACAGGUACUGAUGUGAAAGAUGCUCAGGUUAUAAGUGUUUCUACAGGAACAAAAUGUAUUAAUGGAGAAUAUAUGAGUGACCGUGGUCUUGCAUUGAAUGAUUGCCAUGCAGAAAUUAUAGCUCGGAGAUGCCUGCUUAAAUUUCUCUAUACACAACUUGAAUUGCUCUUAAGUAAUAAGGAAGAUCAACAAAAAUCUAUUUUUAUGAAGUCAGAACAGGGUGGCUUUAAAUUGAAAGAAAAUGUGCAGUUUCACCUCUAUAUCAGCACCUCCCCUUGUGGCGAUGCUCGGAUUUUUUCACCACACGAAGCAGCGCAAGAAGAUCAGGGAGACAGACAUCCGAAUCGGAAAGCAAGAGGACAGCUGCGAACUAAAAUUGAAUCUGGAGAAGGAACCAUUCCUGUUCGAUCUACAACUACAAUCCAGACAUGGGAUGGAGUACUUCAGGGAGAAAGAUUACUUACUAUGUCAUGCAGUGAUAAGAUAGCUCGGUGGAAUGUGCUUGGUAUUCAAGGAGCAUUACUUAGCCUUUUUAUGGAGCCAAUUUACUUCUCUAGCAUUAUCUUGGGGAGCCUAUACCAUGGCGAUCAUCUAUCUAGGGCAGUAUACCAACGGAUAGCAGAGAUAGAAGAUCUUCCACCUCUCUAUAUGCUUAACAGACCUUUACUCAGUGGUAUUAGCAAUGCUGAAGCCCGCCAACCAGGGAAAGCGCCUAAUUUCAGUGUAAACUGGACAGUCGGAGAUGCUGGUCUAGAAGUUAUUAAUGCUACAACAGGCAAGGAUGAGCUGGGUCGGGCCUCCCGUCUUUGUAAACAUGCAAUGUUUAGUCGCUGGAUGCGCAUUUAUGCAAAGCUUUCUUCUAGCCUUCGCUCAAAAGUCAGUAAACCAAACCUGUAUCAUGAAACUAAGCAGGUAGCUGUAGAAUAUCAAACUGCCAAAGAGUGUUUGUUUAAAGCGUUUUUGAAGGCAGGGCUUGGAGCCUGGGUAGAGAAGCCCACAGAACAGGAUCAGUUUUCCUUCAUAGUUUGACCUGUGAACUGACUGCACUUCGUUUGGAAUAGGAGCUAUGGUGGAAACUCCAACAUCCAGCACCAACAUUUCAUCUAUACAGUUAUAACAGGAGCUUUUAAACCUUUGUUAUUUUUGGAGGGGUCUGAUUUGUGACCAAGUUUAUUUUAUUUUUUCCCUGAAGUAUUAAACUAAUCUAAAGAACUUCUGUCUGCAGGGGGGCGGGGGGAGCCACAAUACAACUGACUUAAAGUGAUUCCUCUGGAAAAUUUAGAAAUUAUUUUAAUGCAUUGUUUCCAAGUGCAUGAUUAAUGUAAAUCACAUAGGAUUUUACACUAUAUUUUGAGUACGUGGUUUGAUUUUGUGUUCUUUUAGUCUGUGAGACAGAUAACUUAUGCACCUCUUUUAGAUUUUUAUUUUUAAAUUGAUUAAGCAUAUAGGAAGGAUACAGAUUAUAAACACAGACUGGAGUUUGUAUAGCUAGUUUCCCCUGCUUCCUUGUUCUUUAAAAACCAGCUGCUGAAAAAUGUGUGUCUUUGAUGUAUGUAUUUAUUAAUCUGUGAAGCAAUUUUUAACAUGCUACUUUUUAUUCUAUUUUAAACUACUUGUCUUCACUUCCAUUUACAUAUAUUGUGAAAUUAUUUGGGGUUUUUUACCAUUGUAAACUGGAAACAAAAAAUAUUUGUAAUUUAGACUUUAUUGUUCAAAAACCAUUUUAGACUUUGUUGUUCAAAAAAGAGUUUAGAAGAUGUUUUUGUUUCACAGGAACUCAUUGAAAUACAACAAUAAUAUUACCAGUGAUGUGGUAAUUUGUAACACUUAAUUUGUGAGGAAAUAUACUGACUUGCCAAAAACCAACGAACACUACACCUGUUAAAUUAUUAGAGGGCAAAAUAUUUUUUAAACUAUGUGUUCCUCAGAGUUCCAUCUUAUUUUCGCCAAAACUAUUCUGUCUCUUUGAAGUUACAUUGCCUGUGAUUGUACACAUAUGGAUAUAAAACUAUCUACCCAGAUUAUUCUGAAAUACAGUUGUGUUUGAUCUAGUACAAUAGGAAUAAAUAUUGGGAACGUUA